AUGAAUGACUUUUUUUUGAGAAAAUUGUCCGUCGAGCAUCGGCUGUCGAUUGUGAACGUCGAUUACAGACUUGCACCCGAGCAUGUCUACCCGAUUCCAUGGGACGAUGCGUACGCUGCCACGAAAUGGGUUGUGAGGAAUACAUCAUUUCUCUCAGCGUCCCUUGCGAAAGGGUUCAUUGUCGCCGGCACGUCAGCCGGAGCAAAUCUUGCAGCGGCCGUUGCAUGCCGGGCGCGUGAUGACCCAUUCUUCGCGGAAACACCCGUUACUGGCCAGGUCCUUCAAGUUCCCCCCUUGCUACACCCUGAAGAUCCGGCGGCAGAGAAAUAUAGCUCUGAGUUGCUCUCCAUGGAACAAAAUAAGGAUGGCCCUGUUAUGACGCGUGAUGGAGUGUUUGCCAUGACUCGUAUGGCGAAGGUCCCGUUGUCCGACUCGCACUUCUCGGUGCUACUGCAACCGUCUCACGCAGGCGUGCCGCCGGUCUAUAUGCAAGUGGCCGGUAUGGAUCCCCUGCGCGAUGAGGGACUUCUGUAUGCAAAGCUACUCGAACAAGCAGGCGUGGCAACCAAAGUUGAUGUUUAUCCGGGCGUUCCGCAUGGCUUCAGCAAUAUGUUUCCCCAGCUUACGAUCUCCGUCAAAGCGAAUAAGGAUCUCAAUGACGGGAUCAGGUGGCUCUUGGGCAUAAGCGAUGCAAGUGUUUGA